GUAUUCGAUAUGAGAUCACAAGCGGUAACAUAGGAGGCGCAUUCGCAGUUAAAAAUAUGACGGGAGCUAUUUAUGUAGCAGGAGCGCUGGAUUACGAGACCAGGAAAAGGUACGAACUGCGUUUGGCGGCGUCAGACAACCUCAAAGAGAACUACACCACCGUAGUCAUUCACGUCAAGGACGUCAAUGAUAAUCCUCCAGUUUUUGAAAGGCCUACAUACCGAACGCAGAUCACGGAAGAAGACGACAGAAAUCUACCGAAAAGCGUCUUGAGGGUUACCGCCACCGACGGAGACAAAGAUAGACCGCAGAAUAUCGUAUACUUCCUGACAGGACAGGGAAUUGAUCCAGACAACCCUGCCAACAGCAAAUUCGACAUAAAUAGAACCACAGGAGAGAUAUUCGUACUCAAGCCCCUGGACCGCGAUCAACCCAACGGCAGACCUCAAUGGAGGUUCACCGUGUUCGCCCAAGAUGAAGGAGGAGAAGGACUCGUUGGAUACGCAGACGUGCAAGUCAACCUGAAAGACAUCAAUGACAAUGCCCCCAUAUUCCCGCAAGGCGUUUACUUCGGUAACGUUACAGAAAACGGCACUGCCGGCAUGGUCGUUAUGACUAUGACGGCCGUCGAUUACGACGAUCCAUCCGAAGGCACCAACGCCCGUUUGGUAUAUUCGAUCGAGAAGAAUGUCAUCGAGGAGGAAACGGGAUCGCCAAUAUUCGAGAUUGAAUCCGAAACGGGCGUUAUAAAAACUGCGGUAUGCUGUUUGGAUAGGGAAAGAACUCCAGACUACUCGAUUCAAGUUGUCGCGAUGGAUGGAGGAGGGUUGAAGGGCACUGGAACGGCUUCGAUUCGCGUCAAAGACAUCAACGACAUGCCGCCCCAAUUCACGAAAGACGAGUGGUUCACAGAAGUGGAUGAAACAGACGGCACCACCCUCCCCGAAAUGCCCAUUCUCACCGUCACCGUACACGACGAAGAUGAAACGAAUAAAUUCCAGUACAAGGUGAUAGAAAACAGCGGGUACGGUGCAGAUAAGUUCACUAUGGUUAGGAACAACGACGGUACGGGCUCGCUGAAAAUCGUGCAGCCACUCGACUACGAGGAUCUACUCCAGAGUAAUGGCUUCCGAUUCAGGAUACAAGUCAACGACAAGGGAGAGGAUAAUGACAACGAUAAAUACCACGUCGCCUAUUCGUGGGUAGUCGUGCGACUGCGAGAUAUCAACGAUAAUAAACCCCAGUUCGAACGUCCCAACAUCGAAGUCUCUGUAUUCGAGAACGCCGAGGUCGGGAAAAGCUUGGAAACUUUCAAAGCGACCGAUCCGGAUCAAGGGGGCAAGAGCAAAGUUUCUUACGCCAUCGACAGGAGUUCGGACAGGAAGCGCCAGUUCUCGAUUAACCAGGAGGGUACAGUCAGCAUACAGCGCUCCCUGGACCGGGAGGACACUCCGAGACAUCAAGUGAAAAUCCUCGCCAUCGACGACGGGAUUCCGCCGAAAACUGCCACCGCUACUCUGACUGUGAUUGUACAGGACAUCAACGACAACGCGCCCACUUUCCUCAAGGAUUAUAGACCGGUAGUGCCGGAGCAUGUACCGCCGAGAAAAGUUGUUGAAUUAUUGGCGACGGAUGACGAUGACAGGUCCAAGAGCAACGGUCCGCCUUUCCAAUUCAGGCUCGACCCCAGUGCGAGUGACAUCGUACGGGCUUCCUUUAAAGUCGAACAGGAUCAAAAGGGUGCAAACGGUGACGGUAUGGCCAUCAUAACGUCUUUGAGAUCUUUUGAUCGAGAGCAGCAAAAGGAGUACUACAUACCUAUUGUGAUAAAAGACCAUGGAAAUCCAGCUAUGACAGGCACCAGUACUUUAACUGUGGUGAUCGGCGAUGUGAACGACAAUAAAAUGCAACCCGGAUCGAAGGAAAUAUUUGUAUACAACUACCAAGGUCAAGCUCCUGAAACUGAAAUCGGUCGAGUGUACGUAUACGAUCUGGACGACUGGGAUUUACCAGAUAAGAAAUUCUACUGGGAAGGUAUGGAGCACCCACGAUUCAAAUUGAAUGAAGACACAGGCAUGAUUUCCAUGAGACACGGGACGAGAGACGGCACAUACAACUUGAAAUUCAAAGUUUAUGACAGGAAACACACUCAAACCGACGUUCCCGCUAAUGUCACAGUCACCGUCAAAGAAAUUCCUCACGAAGCUGUUGUAAACUCGGGUUCGGUCAGGAUAGCGGACAUCACGGACGAAGAGUUCAUCAGGAUCUGGGAUUAUCAUUCGCAAAGUUUAUCAAAGAGUAUGUCCGAAAAGUUCCGAGACAAAAUCGCAGACCUGCUCAACAUCAACCGAGAGAACGUGGACGUUUUCAGCGUCCAGCUCCGCAGAAAACAUCCUCCCGUUACCGACGUGAGAUUCGCAGCUCACGGAUCGCCUUACUACAAACCAGUGCGGUUGAACGGAAUGGUGCUGAUGCAUCGAGAAGAAAUCGAGAGAGCAGUGGGAAUAAACAUCACAAUGGUCGGAAUCGACGAGUGUCUGUAUGAGAAUCAGAUGUGCGAAGGAUCUUGUACCAACACCCUCGACAUCAGUGCUUUGCCUUAUAUGGUGAACGCGAACAAAACCGCUCUAGUUGGCGUCAGGGUAGAUGUCUUAGCGGAGUGUACGUGCGGCGCUAGAAACUUCAGCAAGGAAGAAAACUGUCGUAACACGCCGUGUUACAACGGCGGAAGAUGCAUCGAAACUCGUUACUCUCUCACUUGCUCGUGUCCAGCUGGUUAUAACGGCCCUCGAUGCCAGCAAACGUCCCGCAGCUUCCGGGGUAAUGGUUGGGCAUGGUAUCCCUCGUUGGAAAUGUGCGACAAAUCCCACUUACACUUCGAAUUCAUCACCCGGAAGCCUGACGGUUUGUUGCUGUACAACGGACCUAUCGUACCUCCCGAGAAAGACGAAGUGAUGGUUUCAGACUACAUAGCCGUCGAAUUAGAGCGAGGUUAUCCCCGGCUGCUCCUAGAUUUCGGGUCAGGAACCCUGGAACUGCGAGUCAAAACUAAAAAGACCCUCGACGACGGAGAAUGGCACAGGUUGGACAUAUUCUGGGAUACGGAGAAUGUCAGAAUGGUUGUGGACUACUGCAAGUCGGCCGAGAUAUCAGAGAUGGAAGACGGAACGCCUCCGGAAUUCGAUGACAGUAGUUGCCAAGCUCAAGGAACCAUUCCACCUUUCAACGAGUAUUUGAAUGUCAACGCUCCUCUGCAGCUCGGUGGUUUAUACGUAGAACAGUUCGACCCCACUCAUUAUCAUUGGCAGUACAUGCCGGUGGGCAAAUCCUUCGAUGGUUGCAUUCGCAACUUGUUCCAUAACUCUAGGUUGUACGAUUUAGCCCACCCCGGUCUCUCCAGACACAGCGUGCCCGGCUGUCCCCAAACAGAAGAAAUGUGCGGACGCUCCGAUACCACGUCCAGAUGUUGGGAACAUGGAACUUGUGUUGGAAGUUUCAACGAAGCCAAGUGUCAAUGUCGACCGGGUUUCACUGGCCCUGCUUGUACUAUUCCCACCAUCCCUACGUCUUUCAAACCUCAAUCAUACGUCAAAUAUGCGCUCAGCUUCGAACCUGACCGAUUCUCCACGCAAAUGCAGCUACGUUUCAGAACAAGGGAGGAACAUGGCGAACUCUUCAGGGUAUCGGAUCAACACAACCGUGAAUAUGCAAUACUAGAGAUAAAAGACUCGCGUCUAUACUUCAGAUAUAAUUUGAAUUCGCUCCGAACUGAAGAAAAAGAUAUUUGGCUCAGUGCUGUGCCAGUUGAUGAUGGCCAGUGGCAUGUGGCUCGAGUGAGCAGAUACGGGUCCGCUGCAACUUUGGAACUGGACGGCGGAGAAGGAAGAAGAUACAACGAAACAUUCAACUUUUCCGGUCAUCAGUGGUUACUGGUUGAUAAACAGGAAGGAGUUUACGCCGGAGGGAAAGCUGAGUACACAGGUGUAAGAACCUUCGAAGUGUACGCGGAUUAUCAGAAAGGAUGCCUGGACGAUAUUCGACUGGAAGGCAAACAUCUACCGUUACCGCCAGCUAUGAACGGAACUCAGUGGGGGCAGGCGACCAUGGCCAGAAAUUUGGAGAGAGGCUGUCCUUCGAAUAAGCCCUGUGCGAACGUUAUUUGCCCUGAUCCAUUCGAAUGUGUGGAUCUUUGGAACGACUACGAGUGCACUUGUGGAGAGGGGCGUAUAAUGUCCCCUGACGGCAAGGACUGCAUGGAUAAGGACGAGUGUCUCGACUUGCCGUGUCUUAAUGGCGGUGCUUGCAUCAAUCUGGAACCGAAACAACGAUAUCGUUGCACUUGCCCCGAUGGGUUCUGGGGAGAGAAUUGCGAACUGAUCCAAGAAGGGCAAACGCUUAAACUCAGCAUGGGUGCGCUGGCGGCCAUAUUGGUCUGCUUGCUCAUCAUAUUAAUUCUAGUUCUCGUUUUCGUGGUAUAUAAUCGAAGAAGAGAAGCCCAUAUCAAGUAUCCUGGUCCUGACGACGAUGUUCGUGAGAACAUUAUCAAUUAUGACGACGAAGGCGGCGGCGAAGAUGAUAUGACCGCUUUUGACAUUACGCCCCUCCAAAUUCCCAUUGGAGGUCCAAUUCCUGAAUUGAUUGCUCCGAAAAUAGGAUUUUCUCUGUUGGGUGUAGGGCAAGAACCGAAUGUUGGAAUAUUUAUCGAGGAACAUAAAAAACGAGCCGACGGUGAUCCGAAUGCACCACCGUUUGAUGAUCUGCGUAAUUAUGCAUAUGAAGGAGGUGGUAGCACUGCUGGUUCCCUCAGUUCAUUGGCAUCAGGAACUGAUGACGAGGUUCAGGAGUACGAUUAUCUGGGUGCCUGGGGACCCCGUUUCGACAAACUGGCAGAUAUGUACGGCCCAGCAGAGGAAACGGAACGCGAAGAAGAAUAAAGGUUGACUUCUCAGUGACAGACACAUUCCUCCAUCUAAAAUUGCUUUUCACGUAUUCCACGUGUCGAAUAAGACUGUCUUUGCAGUUACACUGCGACUUAAAAUAAUUUUAGAGAAUUUAGGCGACACAUCUAUUUAGAAAAUACCACAUAUUCGCUUAUAGAAACGUCAUGAGGAAGUACUUUUGACCAAAGUCAAUUAUAAACUCAAGUUACCGUUAAAGUAAUGGAUACCAUAUAUAGUUAAUUGUAAGUAGGGAAAUAUUGUUACUUAUUUAUAUUUCUGUCAGACUGAGGACUUGACGAGGUUGUAAUGACUUUAGUUGAGAGUUUCCCAACACCAAACCGUUAUUUCAACACCUCGACACGUGUUUUGAUCAGCAAGUGAUCAUCUUCAAGAGGAAGGU